CAGUAACAUACAGAGGAACCCGAGCCGCAGUGAUGGAGUACCUGUGGAGUCUGGCUGUAGGAUUUCUACAGCUGUGGAUGUUUGUGGUGGUGUUCUUGAUCAUGCUUCCUGCCAUGUUUGGACUGUCUUUGGGGGUAACUGGGGUCUACAUACAGAUUUUAGUAAAAAUCCUAGAGUGGGCCACUAUUCGUAUACAAAGAGGACGUCUGGAGCAACCCAACGUGCCUAUUCCUCUACCCAAUGGUAUCAUUAAACGAGAAGGUGGCUCUAUGGAGCAGGAGUUAUGUGAGCUGCGCCGCUCUCGUGCCAUAGAGGGAGGUGAAUUUGCCUUAAGUGAUGUCCUUUACUUCUUUAAGAAAGGACUGGAGAGCAUUGUGGAUGAUGAAGUGACCCAGAGAUUCUCUUCAGAGGAGCUGGCGUCCUGGAACUUGCUCACACGCACCAACCUGAACUUUCAUUACAUCAGCCUGCGCCUCACCAUCAUCUGGGGGCUGGGGGUCUUUGUACGUUACUGCAUACUGUUCCCCCUCAGACUAACUCUGGCACUCAUUGGUCUGUCGUGGCUUGUUGCUGGUUUAACUAUAAUUGGAUUAUUGCCAGAUUCCAGUCUGAGGGGUUGGCUGAGUGAACUAGUCCAUCUGACAUGUUACAGGAUUUGUGCCAGGGCAUUGUCAGCCACAAUCCGUUAUCACAACAAACAGAACAAGCCACAAAGAGGAGGCAUAUGUGUUGCAAAUCACACUACACCUAUUGACAUUGUCAUUCUGGCCAAUGACCGUUGCUAUGCUAUGGUGGGCCAGAUUCACGGCGGGCUGAUGGGGAUCAUACAGAAGGCCAUGGUGAGGUCCUGCCCCCAUGUUUGGUUUGAGAGGUCUGAAAUGAAGGACCGACACGCAGUGACCAGUAGGUUAAAAGCACAUGUUGCAGCAAAGACUAAACUUCCCAUUCUAAUAUUUCCUGAAGGAACAUGCAUCAAUAAUACUUCAGUCAUGAUGUUUAAAAAAGGAAGUUUUGAAAUUGGAGGAACAAUAUAUCCAGUUGCAAUCAAGUAUGAUCCUCGUUUUGGUGAUGCUUUUUGGAAUAGUAGCAAGUACAACAUGCUCAGCUAUCUUCUCCGGACUAUGACAAGUUGGGCAAUAGUGGUCAAUGUCUGGUACCUCCCUCCAAUGACUAUAGAGGACAAAGAAGAUGCUGCUAAUUUUGCUAACAGAGUGAAGUCUGCCAUAGCCAGUCAAGGAGGACUGCUUGACCUUGCCUGGGAUGGUGGGCUGAAAAGAGGGAAGGUGAAGGACUGUUUUAAAGAGGAGCAGCAGAAGAUGUACAGCAGUAUUAUCGUGGGACAAAACAACAUAAGCUUGUGUGAUGAUAUCCAUUCAUAAAGAUCAAAUGUGUUAUCCUGUUUUUAUUUGUUUUUAUUGACUACCAAAUGAAUCACCUGGAGUGCCUUUAUGUGAAUGUCAUCAAAUGUUCUGUUGAAUAUUUAACUUUUAACUGUGAUGGACGCUUCACAACAUAUCACAUUCUGUAAAAUUAAGUGUAGUGGGUGACUGCGUCUUGCUCUGUCCUACCAGUUCACCCUGUUGUGUCCUUGGGCAGAACACUUUAUCCACACUGUGUGAGUGAAUGGUUGGUGGUUGUUAGAUAGACCUCUGGUGCCAAGUGUGAAUCAAUAAAUCAAUAAAUAAUUUUGGUCUAUUGCUGCA